AUGCGAUUUUCAGAGCUCCUUCACCCUGCUCUGAUCGCCUCUGUGCGAUCGCUGCGUUCCAUGCAUGCAACGCGUUCCUUGCCCUCUGUGCGCUGCAUGUUGCCAGCAGCUUGCCUUUCGACCCAUGAUUCUAGCACUACCGGAUCGGAUGAGGUCCGUGGCUGGCAUUCCAGCUUGCUGGACUUUUUAGGUGUUUUUGUUGAUUCGUUUCCAAGCUGGACUUCUGGUGAUGAAGCGAUCUUGACGAAUGGCGAUUCAUCGCACAUCUCGCAGUGUGACUGCCCAAAGAGCUCCCUGUCUGAGUCGUAUCUGCAACCUACCUCUGCUUCCCUGCCCACGGCACCCUACAUGCUUAUGCUCCAAGGAGCACUGCGGCUUCUCAACUACCUGCCAGUUCUAGAAAAGGCUAUUGCAACCUCUUGCUUGUCCAUUCAUCCUGUAAACGAGGUCUUGAGGCUGAUGAUGCCAGCAGCUGCUGUCUUGGCCAGAGGUCUCCUCAAACUGCCAACCUUGUACAGUCUGCCGGAUGCAUCGCUGCAACUUCUCGACCUUAUCCUUGUCGGGCACAGCUAUGGAGGGCUGAUCGCUCACAGCCUGGCGCAGUCCCUUGAAUCCAUGGGUUUCUCUGUCAGGGGCAUCGUGUGCUUGGACACCCUGAAUCUGCCGCGCUCCACAGACCUGCCCAUUGCAGUGAUAGAGCCACGAGGCCUCUUCCUGCAGCGGACGCCAUACCAUUGGCGGCUGCUGUCAGUGGAGGUCAACAUGAUGACUCUGACCGCUGAGGUGCCUCCCGUCCUUGGACGGCGGCUUCCGGACAAGGCAGCUGUGCUUGUUCAAGGCGCCGUGUUUCCGGCACAACACAUCAACGACGCGGACCACUUCCGGAAACAAGAGGAAAACAAAUGUGUUGCACAGCUGAUCAUGUCUGCCGUCCGAGAGGCAUUCGGUCUUGCAUGCAAGAGCCUCGCAGUCUUUGGUGAUGUUGCUCUCGUUGUACUCCUGGUAAGUGAAGGGAAUAUCAAGUUUCAAGUCAUAGUCGCAAGCAAAGUGUGCAAAGCUGCACAUCUAGACUUUUCCAAGCAGUCCAUAAUCAUGGGAACCUUUGUCUACGUGGCUGUUAAAUCCCUGUGUGACUAUCGGAUCUACGUGCCACGAUGUGCCACGGAACGACGCCUCAAGAGGCUGGAAGUGGAAACAGCAGACUUCCGAAAGGCUUUAACAGCCAAGGAUGUGAUUUUGGGUCUUUGGCCGAGUGAUCCGGGCUACAGAGAUACGAGCGGGCGAGAGACAAUACAGGUCGUUUUCCUCUCCUUUUGUCUCAAAGAGGCGUUUCAGAAGUCCAGGCGAAGUCGUGAGCGCCGCCUGAUAGGGACAUGGCAUCAUGUGGUAACGUCAUUUGCGCCUGAAUCUAUAAUCUCCCCCGAUCUUCCUGAGACCCCUGCUUGGCAUUUUACGUGGCUGAAGAUACCGCAUUGGGACUACAUCUCCUAUAUCUUUCACACUCUGGGAACUCGUGGGGUUGACGUUGAGAUGAUGUUGCUGUCCAGUAUGAUACUCGUUUUCACGAAGCUUAUAGUGUUGAGUGGGCAUGAUGCUUGGGGCACAUUGAGAAGCAUGAAGAGGGAUUUGGUGGAGGAGUUCACAGAUGAAGCUUCCACGCUGUUUGCUAAGUCUGACCAGUGGAUCAACUACGUGGCCACAAUUUGGACCGACACCCGCGUUCCCGACUUUGCGGUGAGCAUCUUCGGGAUGAUGCAGUGGCUUAGCACGGUGCUGUCGUUCCAGCGGCGCCGGGAUCUGAGGCCACCGGGCGAGAUGCGGCCUUGCAGGCCCUACAGGCCAGGGAACGCUGGAGAUGCAGGGAACACCAGCAGUGGGAGACUGUGGCGGCCGAUCCUGGAGCACUUGUUUCUUUGCCUGAGGAACCGCCAGCUUUUUGAAGGGGACCAUACUGCAAAACCGCUUGCUUGGAUUUUGACAAUGGGCCGGCUACAUUGGGGCCCUCUCCACAUGGCGAUGGCAGAAGCAGCAGAUCUGGAGCCUUACCUGCUUUCCUUCCCCAGCAUUGAGCUGCCACAACUGCCACAGCUUGACCCGAAUCACGCGCCUCUGGUGGAGCUGUGUGCGACGGCGCAGCAGCAAGAACAGCUUCGAAAACUUGCUAUUAAGAAUCCUGCGCUGCUGCCUAGCGAGACGCCGCUCGCCUCUGCGCUCCAGCACGAUGGUGUUCGGAUCACCGUUGUGGCAGUGGCCACGGGGUUGCCGAAUGCAGCUGACUCUUCAGGACCAUUGUCAAAUCAGUCUAGGUACCUCCUGGAAUUCUUGGUCUGGGCUGAGAAACCUCAUGGAGAAUGUGCACGGAGCGGGGCCUGCCGGGAAAAGAACCGGACCUUGUACACUUGUGGGCCGCAUGCGGCCAUACUCCCGGAGGUGUCGAUGAGACGCUGGCGCUGCAUUUUUCGAGCCAGCCCAGCCAGCACGCAAAGCGCUCAUGCCGUGAAUUUCUUCCGGCAAGCCGCCACCAUCCGAUGUCCCAUUCCAGUAGACCUGUCCCUGACUUCUCGAGGAGGUCCGUUGCUCGUGGAGCUGGAAGCGGAUCCGCCCUACGAAGGUGCCGUGCGCUGGCGCAUAGCCGUUGAGGUUUGCUCGAAGGGCAGCGAUGCCGGCGGAAGCGAUGUUGACAGUGGCGGCGAUUUCUCGCGCCUUGCCAUCUGCAUCCAGCCGGCCUGGGAUAUGAGGGAUUUGGAGAGGGGCGUGCCCGGGCUGGUUCAGACGUUCCUCCGCUACUACCAACUGCUGGGCGCUGAUGGCUUCACCUUCUACGACUACGACGCUUCCUUUGUUCGUCACCCUGACGUCCUGGAUCUGCUGGCUGCUGGCAAGCUGAAGUACUUUCCCAACUUCAUGAAGGGGGUGUCGGAGCUGUUAGAUGAAGCGUGGAAGUCCAAGAUUGUGACAGGACUCACAGGUUCCAGGGCUAGCUUCAUGCAGGAGCUAACCUUGAAUCAUUGCGUUCUGAAUUACCGUGGCGCUGCUGAUCUCGUUCUGUUGGGUGACAAAGACGUGUUCCUUGCAUUUGGUCCCAGCGUGCCGGCAUUUCCGACUGGAUGUUGGCAAGAUGCGGGAACUACUGCUGCCUGCUGUUCUGGGACAGGCCCAAACGCCACGAGGGUUCUGUACCAUGGCCCUACUGAAUGCUGGCAUGGCUUCAGGACCUUUUCCAAAUGCUGCCUGGAAUAUUCGCCUGAAGCUCCGACGCGCAGUCCCUGGCCCGACUUCAUAAGAAGCCGUCCGGUGCGGUUCUGGAAGUCCGUGGGCACUGUGGCUAUGGGCGUCUGUGAGUUUGCAGUGCCUUCAUAUCUGCCACGUGCGCAGCGAGGGCCGAACUGGUCCUUCUCCUCGCACAUCUGGCGUCCGAGAGACUGCAAUGCGCAGUACUACCAUCUAGUCAACCCAUGGCGCUUCAUGUCCCAGAACUCAGAGUGGGUGAGGCUGAGGCCGCGAAGCCUCCGGUACUACGUGGAUCCCGAGGCCCUGCGCGCCAUGCACCUUGUCAACCUCCACAAGGAGCGAUGCACCGAGCGCGUGAAUCUCUACGGCAGCGCCCGGCAGCCCUGCAACUGGCCCGACUUUGGCCUGCGCUGGGCGGCAGCAGGCCUCCGGAGCUCAGAGCUA